AUUUGCGGGAAAACGAGCACCGCUAUAAAAGUGAGUGAACUGGUCGCUUUUCCUGGUUAUUGUUUGAGCUGCGAAUUUGGAAAAUAAAUCGACCGUUCACAUCUUCUGAAUUAUCGACUGUAGGCAAUGGCAGAUACACAGCUUUUCGUUGCGAGGAAGGAGUUUGUGGCACGAGUAUCGAAUGAUGUCAUCGUGCAGUUGCUGGAUGACCUUCUGGAGGACGGGGUUAUAAACGAUGGAGAGAAGGACGCCAUGAUCGAGGAGAACGGAAGCAGAGCGGAAAGGGCGCGCCAUCUCAUUGAUAUUGUGCGAAGGAAAGGGCCAGUGACCAGUGAGAAACUAAUUUCUCGGCUGUGGGAACGAGACCCCAACCUGUGCGAGCUCCUGAACCUGGACUAGCAGCCAGGUGAGUAUGGGGAACAGGUGAUCCCUCUAUUG